CAUCACAGAGGGAUGGAGUUUAGAUAGUGUACUAAGAAAACUUAAAAUGGCAAAGUUGAAAGAACAUUGGAUUAUGAGUUAGGAAAUAGUGUUUUUAGUCCUGAUUCUUCCACUAUCAAGUUGGUGACCUUAGGCACUUUGCUUCACUUCAUUUGUGCAAUGAAAGGGGGCUGGACUAGAUGAUCUUAGGGCUGAUAUUCUGCGAUUUUGACCAAUUGGACCAAAAACUUUUAUUUUAGGACCAGGAAUACAUAUACAGCCUAUCCUUUGAGAGGAAUGAAAGUUUUGCAUGUAGUUUUGAUUGGUUAGUUGAACAGGCUAACCUGUCUAAUUAUCUUUUCCCCAUGACACUUUAGUAGGGGACUAUAUUAGUUUGUGCAAAUGAUAAGCUAUCACACGGUUGACUGCAUUUUUAGGCCACUGCACUGUUACUACAACAAAGGCAUCAAGGUUGAGAAAAGCCCACUUAACAGGUUCUGACUUGUUCUUUGGCUACAAAUGAUUCCUUGUGUUGUCAUCUCUCAUCAAAGGCAACAUUUUCAUACAAAAUUUCAUUUUUCCAGUGUUGGCAAAGCUCUGCUUCCUUUUUAAAAAUGGGAAAUUCACACUGUCUUGAAGGGUGAGUAACAUUCUCAUUGCCGGAUUUUAUUUGAAAGAACUUUUGACAUAGAUGAAAAGCAUCAGUGACAAAGUUAUGCUGCCCAGAUGACCACAGAAUAAACUUUACCUCUACUAUCAAUCCAAGAUCUUCAAAAAUGAAUUAGUGUAUGUUUUGUUCAUGAAUGUUUACCAAUAGCAUUAUGUGGCAUGUUAGGAUAGCUGUCUUCUAAUCGAGCCUGGGCAUUGAUCUCAGAACUACUUUUUAUGAGGACUAAUUUGUCAUCAGAUUAUCAAUUUGUCAUUUGAUUUGAUAGUAUUUGGGGGGUAUUUUUUUAUUUUGCUAGUAAUAUAUGAACUUCUUUUAAUCGGUGGACUAAUGAAGCUUACUUGGUUCCAAUGUGUGCAAGAAACAGUUUUUUUGUUCUUCAGUUCCUAGUGAUUUUCCAGAAAGUCUGACUUCCAUUCUUUUUGUUAUAACGAAAGUAACAGUGAUCAAUUCAACUGUGUUCAAAAGUCCCAAUUUAAACUCUGUCACUAGUCUAGCCAUAGCCAACAGUGGGAUUAUGAGGAUUGAGCCUGGAGCCUUUUCUGCUUUUCAAAGUCUCAGCAAACUCAGUUUAUAUCACAAUAAUCUGACAACUGUAUUGGCUUCCUGGUUUUCUAAUCCAGGGCACUUAGAAAAUUUAACAGUAUCACUGAACAGCAUCAAGGAGGUAGGACCGUAUAUGUUAUCCAGUUUCUCCAACCUAACCACUCUUAAUUUGACAAAUAACAGAAUCCACAUGAUUGCAGUGGAAAGUCUAAGGAAUUUAUCAAAGUUGAAGUUUUUAGAUCUAUCUGGGAACAAUCUUUCUGUCUUGGAAAGAGAUAUCUUCAGUGGCCUCAGAUCCCCAUCUAUGAAACUGGGUCAUAACCCAUGGGAUUGUUCAUGUGAACUUCAAGAUUUUGGAGCCUUUCUGCAAGAGCUUCUCAAUGCUUCCCUGUUAGAAGAUGCUUCAUUUGUCAUUUGCCACAGUCCAACAACCCUAAAGGGAUUUCCUGUGUGGAACAUCUCAGACUUUGGCUGUCAGCCUGCCUUCCUGCCAGAAUCUCUGGGAAAUGCAGUGGAUAAAACAUUGGUCCUAGUAACUUUAGUCUGUGUAGUGUUACUUGUGCUCCUUUGGCUACUUCUGGUGCUUUGGAAGGUGAAACACAACACAGUACAUGGGCAGCCAGGUAAAGGAAUACCUGUCAGCACUUGUAGAAAAGAGUGUGUAAGGCCCUGGAAGAGAAGAGGGCAUCCUAAUAGGAAGAGACAAGUCACUAUUGAAGAAAUGAUUUCACAGAUUACAACAGUUGAACAACCUUCAAGGUCAGUCUUGGGAAGUUUGUCAAGCUCAGAACAUUCAAGAGGGAACUUGGGGCCCUCUGAACAGACUGUGCAACCCUCACAAUUAGAGCUUACUGGUGUGGAUUCAGGUUCCCUUAAUAUCUUUCACCAUUGCAGCAAGAAGAUCAGUGCCGCAGUGGAACUUUCAUGUGAAAGCACAUUUUGUAUGUCUGACCCUGUUAAGCUGGAUCUGAGUACAUUAGAAAUGAAUGGCAUAGAUGGAGAUGGUGCUUGGGUCGAGAACUCUGAGGCCCUGGAAUAUUUCACUGUGUCUGUAAAGAAGUCAAGUUGCCCCAGUAUUGAGCCCCAUGGAAUUGUGCAAAGUAGAACUCCCAAAUGUUUCCCUUUGAAGAGGAACCAGACAUGGCCACAGGAAGGUGGUAUAUGGAUUAAGGAACAAAGCCUCAGAACUCAGAAUCUCUGCUAAGGACUCUCAGGAUAAAGUCAGGAAUGCUGAAAUACAUGAGGACCUACAAGGUGAUCUGCACAUGAAAGAGAAUCCUAAACCUCUGUCUAAGAGAACUUCCAAACCAAGACUCACUCAGAAAUUGGCCUAACUGGGUAGAUAGCAGAGAACAAAGAAGCUUACCCACAGGCAGGGGAAGGUGGGGCAAGAUGGACCCUCAUCCCGUUUGUCACUAAGACUAGAAGUCUCCCCUAUAUCCUCACUGGAGGAUAUUCAGUCCUUUGAAAAGAGUCAAGCCCUCAUCUAUGACCUGCAUAAGGGUAGAGAACCAUGGUAGAUGGACUCAGGAGCAUUGGAAGCAAAUUCAUCAACCAAGAAGAGUUGGCCCCAAAGGGUCAACAUCUUCCACCUCCUUCCUCAUUGAUAAGAUAGAUUAGGGAAAUUUCAGCCACUCAGCUAAUGUAGAGUAGUAUGGGUGAUUCUACCCCCCCGGACUGAACUAUUCUUUUUGAUAAAAAGGAUGAAUUAUGCUGACUCUUCUCUCCCUUUCUUCAUUUUUGACUUAAAUGUUAACCCAAAUACCCCAGUGUACAAGCUUAUGCUCUUUGCCUGGGUUAUUUUCUCUGAGUUUAAACCCAUUUACACUGCAUUUAAUAAACACUAUUGGAGCAAUUGUGUCAUGAGUUUGAGAGCUCACUUCCUUUCCUCCACCAUCUUAUAAUAAACACUAUUGACUCGACUAACUACAUAAGCCUUUAGCUUCUUGGUCAAAAGUUAUUUUGUUUGUUCUAUAGUGACAAUCUCAUCUCUAGUAGUCAUUUUAAGGGGUGGAAGUGGGAUAGAGCUUUUGGAUGUUCAAGGCAUAUUUAAAUGUUUUUUGAAAUGCAUUGUCCUAUUACAGAAAUCUAGACGCUAAGCAGCAGGUUCAGAUACUAGAUUUUGUUGUGAAAAUAUAUACUAUUCAUUGUAUAAAGUCUUUUAAAAGUUUGAUGUAAUGUUAAGAAAUUAAUUUUUUAUGUAAUAGUAUUUGAAUAAAGACAACUUGAAGCUUAGAGUUCUAUUUACAUGUUCAUUCUAAAGAUAUUCCUGUUAGCAAUAGCUGUUUCAAGUAAGUUUGUGAACUUCCCCUGGAAAGUGGAUAGUCAAACUCAGGUUCUUUCUAGUACUAAGGAAUCUCUGAGUCUGUAAGUAUCAAACUAUUUUUGAUUUUGGUGAAGUUGUUGUCAGCAUCUCUUGAUACCUGUAUGGUUAGGGUCAUUUGUAAGGCAGAAGAGGCAGGUAUGUGUCUGGGAAAGGGUAAUCACUUGCACUGAGCUCAAGCACUACAGAGUCUGCAUGUCUUAAGAUUUCUGUCAAGUUUUAGUCUUGGUAUUUUUUGUUUGUUUGUUUUUGGUGGUUUGGUAGAUUUCUUUGUUUAGACCUGCCUUUAACCAAGGCUGCAGUUUUAACAGCAAAAACCACUUCACUUCUGAGGAUGAACAGUAAGUUACUAUACUAAUGGUGGUAUGUUACAUGUGUGUCCCAGUAGAAUCGAAAUUCACUGUCUUCCUUUGUAUUAACUAGUAUAUCAUCAAGAAAUUGAAGUUCUAAGCAAAUGAAUUUUUAGAAGCUUAAGAUAAAAAUACCACCCAAAUAAUAAUUUGUAAUAACAGUGUAUAAGUCAGGGGGCAGCUAGGUGGUGCAGUGGAUAAAGCACCAGCCCUGGAUUCAGGAGGACCUGAGUUCAGAUCUGGCCUCAGACACCUGACACUUACUAGCUCUGUGACCCUGGGCAAGUCACUUGACCCUCAUUACCCUGCAAAAAAAAACCCCAAAAUAAAUAACAUUACAUAAGUGAGCAUACUUAGGAAGAGUAUUUUCACUCUAAUUUCUUUUGGCUUUACUAUUAUUUUACCAUUACUAAAAUAUCAGAAUCUUCCCCUCCCCCCCCCAAAUAUUACCUUAUCUGGCAGAAUUAAAAGACAAGAAUUUUAUUUCAGAGCAAAUAUUAAUGUGUUCCACAGUGUUUAUCUAUUGAUUCAAACUUAUUAGGAAUGUCAGUUUUUAUAGGUUCUCAGGAAUAGAAGUUAGAGGUCACCUUUAUGUCAAUACUGCAAUGAUAUAGUUAUCUUUGUAAGUGAAUUCUUCAUUCCUACUCUUUACCUUGAAAAGCCCAUUUAAUUAGUAACAUGACAGCUUACCAACAGAUGCAAAGACUCUAUUUUGAAAGUUCUCUUUAGCUCUAACAUUGAUUUUAUAUGAGACAUAUAACAGCAUUUGUUAUUGGAAAUAAUACUUAAGUAAAAAAUGUAGUUACUGAAUAUAUGUGUGUAUUUAUGUAUAUAUGUGUGUAUCUAUAAGUGAAUACACUAUACUUUUUCUGUACACAUUAAAACCUUGCCAGCACAAACAAAUUUGGCCUGUCAGAGUAUUUUUUUUUUUUUGCGGGGCAAUGGGGGGUUAAGUGACUUGUCCAGGGUCACACAGCCAGUGUCAAGUGUCCGAGGCUGGAUUUGAACUCAGGAACUCCUGAAUCCAGGGCU